AUGAUAGAAACUUACAAUAAUCAUAAGAUCGAACUUAAGAAGUGUGAAAAAAAUAAUAACACAAAAAUACUUUUUGAUGUAACUUGCAAAAACAAAAAACAAAAUUGGGAAAUAAUUAUGACUAAAGAACAAUUGAAGGAAUUAAUA